AUGAAGUAUCGUAUAAAAGGCAAGGAAGAAGCUGGGAAAAUCGACAGCUUCUUGCUUUCAGCUCUUCAAUCGCCUUCAACAAUGCUUUCUACUGUAAGUUUUUCGAAAUUCAUAAUCGAGAAGGUCAGGCAGCUUUUCAGAAAGAAAUUCUAUUUUUUAUAGACUUAUGGAAGGAAUUUUCAAUUUACCAAAUCUUCUCAAUAUAAGCCAUCGAAAAAAGUGUCCUGACACGAUAAUAAAAGAGACAGUGUCUGGUUUGUGGAGAGCACAGACAGGCCACGCCCCUAAAUUACCCAUGAACCGGCUAUAGUUCAAUUCAACUUUGCAAUCCGUUUCUAAGAAGCGGAAAGUUUAACUUUCUUCAAACCCCAACCCUUUUCAAGGCUUCGAUCCUUCUCUGCUGCGCCGGAGCUGCUUUGGCCAUGUUUCCCGUACCCUGGAAUGAAUGGGAAACGGCCUCGGAAUGUACGGAAACCAACAACAAUUCUCGCAAAACCAAGUCCCAAGCCUGGAAAUCUGCCAAAUGAUCGCUCGCAACCCCAUCGGUAGGAAGAAUCCCAAACAGAAAAAUAAGACUUUUUCAGCCAUUCAACGCAUCCUGGCCAUCCUGAGACAGUCCGAAAUCGAACUGAACACUCUUCUCCGCUCCGGAUACUUCAACAACCAGCAGUUCGGACAGCAGGGAAUCUACUCGGGCCUUGGCCAAAACUUCGGUCUUGGAAACAACGGCUUCUCCGGACUUUCGGGAUUCGACGGACUCAAUGGAAUGAGCGGCAUGAACGGAAUGGGCUUCGGCAACAGCGGCCGUCUCAUGGGCCUCAAGAAAUAA